GACCAGUUAUGUCACUUACCCCUUGCCAGCACAAUGGAAAACUAUGGACUUAUCGGUCUACACCCGUGUGGAAACUUAGGUCCUCUGUUGCUAAGGCAUUUUACUGCUUAUGAACAUGUCAAGUUUAUUUGUCUAGUUGGUUGUUGUUUUAUGAAGUUGACAUGUGAAGGAGAAAACUGUGGGUAUCCAGUGAGUGAAUAUGUCAGGGGAAUGGACCAUGGCCUUUCCUAUGUAAGCCGAGAGAUAGCUUGUCAUGCUAUUGAGGUAUAUGCUGAAAGGCUGAUGAAGGGCAAUUAUGAAGAUCUCAAGGUUCAUGCAUACAGGGCCGCACUUGAGAAGAAUCCUUGGUACAUAUGACCCACAACUAAAACAUUCUCCUGUCAGGAGCGUCAAGCACUCAGACACAAUGACUUUUGAGAAGUACUGCACAUUAGCUGUUGAGAAAUUAAACAUGCCAAUGUUGUUGACACCUGAGGCUCUGUCUUGCGGCGCCUCUGACCUGGAGCAGUGGCGUCGAGUGGUCACGGUGGUGUACACACUACGGCUAGCUGUCGCGCCGUUAGUCGAGACAUUGAUAUUACUUGACAGGGUCCUGUAUGUUUUAGAACAAGGUCUGUCUUGUGAAAUUCGUCCGGUGUUUGAUCCAAAAUUGUCGCCAAGAAAUCAUAUUAUUAUAGCGAGAAGAUGAUUGUGGCUAAAUGUGCUGUGCUUUGUAAAUAAUGCAUUUGGUGAUCCUUAAUAAAUUAUUUUCAUACUAUAA